AUGAGUACACGACAGUUCGGAUUCAUGCCCCAGAGGAGCACCGAAGACUCCCUCUACAGACUUAUGCAACACAUUUACCAGAAAUUAAAUCAAAAGAAGAUAGUCACAAUCAUCUCGUUGGACAUAGAGGGAGCCUUCGAUAGCGCCUGGUGGCCAGCGAUUAGAGUCCGACUGGCGGAAGAAAAGUGUCCACUAAACCUGAGGAGGAUUUUAGACAGCUAUCUAAAAGAAAGGGAGGUAGAGUUGAGAUAUGCGGGAGCAGAGGUCACAAAAGGAACCAACAAAGGAUGUGUUCAAGGAUCCAUUGGAGGACCAAUCCUCUGGAACCUCUUGCUGGACCCCCUUCUUCAGAGUUUGGAAGGAAAAGGAGUUUUUUGUCAGGCAUUUGCAGACGACGUAGUGUUGGUACAUGAUGGCAAGACGGCUUUGGAGGUGGAGAGGAGUGCCAAUUUAGCUCUCGAACAUGUUCGGGAGUGGGGAGUCAAAAAUAAGCUCAAAUUUGCGCCACAAAAAACAAACGCGAUGAUAAUAACAAGGAAACUGAAAUACGAUUCCCCUUGCCUGAACAUGGGCGGGACCAACAUUGGCAUAUCCAAAGAAAUAAAACUGUUAGGCGUCACCAUAGACGAAAAACUAACUUUUAACACUCACGUCGCAAAUGUCUGCAAAAAAGCCACUGGUGUGUACAAACAGUUGUCUAAAGCAGCCAGAGUGGGAUGGGGCUUAAAUCCUGAAGUAAUUAGAAUAAUAUAUGUAGCCACCAUCGAGCCCAUACUGCUUUAUGCUGCCAGCGUCUGGGCGCCGGCAGCGGAAAAGCUGAUGGUGCGAAAGCAUUUGGACGUAGUGCAGCGAGGAGUAGCCCAGAAGCUCUGCAGAGCGUACAGAACGGUGUCAUUAAACUCUGCACUGGUGCUGGCCGGGAUUCUCCCCCUCGACCUCCGAGUCCGAGAGGCGGCCGCAUUAUACGAAGCCAAGAGGGGAGUGCCCCGGCCAUCGCUAGGGGAUAGAGAGGUCGAAACAAUGGCCCCAGCUAUAGAGGCACCUCAUCCCGCAGACCAAACCACGCUGUCAUUUAUCAGUCUGACAGACCAGGAGCAGGUGAACAACAACAGUGAACAGGAAAUCCGCAUUUUCACUGACGGGAGCAAGAUUGGGGGCAAGGUCGGAGCUGCAAUUUCAAUAUGGAAUAGCGAAGCAGAGAUAAAAGCCCUCAAACUAGCUUUACCAGAAUACUGCACUGUCUAUCAGGCUGAGUUGCUGGCAAUCUGCAGAGCGACGAGGGUGAUCCUUAGUCGUAGUGAGUCAACUUUUGGAAUCUUUAGCGAUUCAACGGCCGCUCUCCAAACAGUCACCAACUACCGUUGCCUCCACCCCCUAGCCGUAGAAACUAGAGAGAACAUAAGAUCCAUAUCUCAUCAGAACAAGAUUAUCACUCUGUUCUGGAUUAAAGCUCACGCGGGGUUGGAGGGCAACGAGAGAGCAGACCAAUUGGCCAAAUCAGCCGCUACGGGCUCCAAGAAGAGGCCGGAAUACGACCUGUGCCCGAUUUCAUACGUCAAGCGUGACAUCCGGAUGUUAACGCUUGACGAGUGGAAUCGUAGGUACACGACCGGCUGUACUGCAUCCAUCACCAAACUGUUCUUCCCGGACGCAAUAGCGGCCUACAGGACAGUCCGCAAAUUACAAAUCGAUAGCGUCACUACACAGAUCUUCACGGGGCACGGUGGGUUCUCCGAUUACUUGAACCGCUUCAAAUGCAAGGACAACCCAUCGUGCAUCUGCGAUAGUGAACGUAUGGAAACGGUCCCCCACAUAUUGCUGGAGUGUCCUGUAUAUGGCCUCGAAAGAUUAAAUUUAGAAUAUGAAUUGAAUAUGGAAAUCUCACUGGAAAAUAUAAGUAAAAUAAUGGAGGGCAGAAAUAGAGAUAAGUUCUUACAGUUAAGUGAUCAUAAACACCGAUACGCUGAGUCACUGGACGCUGAUACCGCUACGUGCGAUAUACCGUUGGAAGCGCCUCAACGAGCCCCGCACGCCGACACCUCACACGUGUCUGGGCGACGUACCGUCGGAGCACAAUCCACAGAAAAACAAAAACCACGUGGUGGCGUGGUCGGCGAACCAGCGGCGAGCGGCUAA